CUUCUCUUUAUCUUCACCAGACAUUUCAGCUGUAACUAUCUCUGGGGUAGAUAGUUCCCAAAUAUCAUGUGAUAUUUAUCUAUAUUGUCCUUUUAAAAAUAUAGUCGCCUUUCUUUGUGGUCUAAUACUUGUUUUUUUCCUCCCCCAGGAGAUAUCGUUAUAGAUCCUAAAAAUAUUUUUUCCCCUUCUCUAUGGACUUAACAUAAAAUUAGUUUUGUUUGUAUUUGGAUUUAUUUUUUAAAUAUUAACACUGUAAAACCAUAUCAGUUACAAAAUAUCUGGGUAAACCAUGAGUUGUGGAAAAGAGUUUGUGGAAACAUUAAAAAAAAUUGAUUAUCCCAAAGCUGAUAUUCUUAAUGGGGAAGAUUUUGACUGGUUAUUUGAGACUGUUGAAGAUGAAUCAUUUUUGAAGUGGUUUUGUGGGAAUGUGAAUGAACAGAACAUAUUGUCUGAAGAAGAAUUGGAAGCUUUUAGCAUUCUUCAAAAAUCAGGCAAGCCCAUCCUAGAAGGAGCAGCAUUGGAUGAAGUUCUUAAAACCUGUAAAACUUCUGAUUUGAAGACACCUAUCCUGGAUGACAAAGAGCUAGAGAAGUUAGAGGAUGAGAUUCAAACUCUGCAGAAAUUAAAGAACCUAAAAAUUCAGCGACGUAAUAAAUGCCAGUUGAUGGCUUCAGUAACUAGCCACAAGUCUCUGAGGUUAAAUGUUAAAGAAGCAGCAGCCACUAAAAAGCUGAAGCAGAGUCAAGGAAUUGUAAAUGCUAUGAAUACUAAGAUCGGUAAUGAACUUCAGGCUCUUACUGAUGGAGUUACAAAAUUGAUGAUGUUCUUCAGACAUUCUGAUUUGGGUCAAGGGAAAUAUCCACUGGUGUUUUUAUCUCAGUUUUCCUUGGAAAAAUAUCUAAGCCAAGAAGAGCAAAGCACAGCAGCAUUAACCUUGUAUACCAAAAAACAGUUCUUUCAGGGUAUACAUGAAGUAGUUGAAAGUUCAAAUGAAGAAAAUUUUCAACUUGUAGAUAUACAGUCACCAUCUAUUUGUGAUAAUCAAGAAAUCCUUGAGGAGAGACGGCUAGAGAUGGCUAGGCUGCAGCUAGCAUACAUUUGUGCUCAACAUCAGUUAAUUCACUUGAAAGCAAGUAAUUUGAGCAUGAAGUCAAGUAUAAAAUGGGCAGAGGAGAAUCUUCAUAGCCUCACUAGCAAGGCUCUUGGCAAAGAUAAUUUGGAUGCUAGAAUUUCUGGUUUGAACAGUGAGAUUCUGAAACUUGAAGAACAAAUCACUCAUAUAAAAGACAAAAGUUUGCCUGCUGUGGUAAAAGAGAAUGCCCAGUUAUUGAAUAUGCCAGUUGUAAAGGGAGAUUUUGAGCUGCAGAUUGCUAAGCAAGACUAUUAUACAGCGAGACAAGAGUUAGUUUUAAAUCAGUUGAUAAAACAAAAGGCAUCAUUUGAACUUCUACAGUUAUCAUAUGAAAUUGAAUUAAGAAAGCAUUGGGACGUAUAUCGUCAACUUGAAAAUUUGGUUCAAGAACUUAGUCAAAGUAAUAUGAUGCUCCACCAGCGAUUAGAAAUGCUAACAGACCCAUCAGUAUCUCAGCAGAUAAAUCCAAGGAACACCAUUGAUACCAAGGAUUAUUCUACUCAUAGGCUUUAUCAACUUUUAGAAGGAGAGAAUAAGAAAAAAGAAUUGUUUAUAACCCAUGAAAACCUGGAGGAAGUGGCUGAGAAAUUAAAACAGGAUGUUUCUUUAGUACAAGAUCAGUUGGCAGUAUCUGCUCAAGAACAUUCUUUCUUUCUAUCCAAACUGAAUAAUGAUGUGGACAUGCUUUGUGAUGCUUUGUAUCAAGGAGGAAAUCAGCUUUUGCUUAGUGAUCAGGAGUUAAUGGGGCAGUUUCAUCAAGUUGAAUCUCAACUGAAUAAGCUAAAUCAUCUUCUUACUGAUAUUCUUACUGAUGUGAAAACAAAAAGAAAACUUUUGGCAUCUAAUAAACUGCAUCAAAUGGAAAGAGAAUUAUAUGUUUAUUUUUUAAAAGAUGAAGAUUACCUGAAAGAUAUCGUGGAAAAUUUAGAAAACCAAUCAAAUAUUAAGCCUGUUGGUCUCCAAGAUUGAAAAUUACUAAAAACUGAAUCUUUACUACAUAUGCUAUAUUUUAAUGUUUUAUGUAUGAAGAGGAGAAUAUAGCUAAUAAACAUUACUAAAAUUUUAA